AUGGCGACCCCAGAGAAUGGGACUAACAUGUCGGAGGACCUUGAUAUUGAUGCCCUCAUCAAUGCCGCUGAUGUCGACGAGAAAGAUGUUUCCGCGGUAGUCAGUUCUUUACAUCAAGAGUUGAAUUCUGUUACCAAGGCAAGUGGUGGGGACCUCUCACAAGACAGCGGCCUCGGAUCUACUCCUGAGGAGGCUAGUCUCUCUCAGCAACCCGUCACAAGCAACGGGUUUCAACAAACACAAGAGAAAGUAGUUCUCCCGCCUUCGGCCUCCUCUUCUUCUUCCUCCUCGAUAACGACCACUACUUCAUCUUCUGUCCCUCCUUCCCUCACUCCUGCUCAACCUGUCAAGACUAAAGGAGAAGUAUCAACAAGUAUAUCCACUGCUACCUCUUCUACUCCCUCAUCCUCUCGCCCUGGUCUUACCCUAAACCUCUCAAAGACAGAAACAAGCACACAACCACAGGCUCAAGACUCCACUAACAGGAGGGCCUCUCUCUCUACAAUGUCACCUUUUGGUGGCUUGACUCACGGUCCUCAAACCUCCCUACUUACCAUUGAAGAACAAUCAGCCAUUUACAAGCAAGCCAGUCUCUUAGCUAUCUAUGCCAUGUCUAGUAAGAAUGGGCCGGCAAAGGCUAAAGAGAUGCUCGCUGUAGUCACAAAGGUGAAGAAUUUUUUAACAAACUUAGUACAACUGGCUGGUAAUUCGGGCCCUCAAGUGAGGACAGCUGUGCAUUCUUUAGUACAGAAAUUAGUGGCUGGCAGUAUUACUGAAGAGGAGUUUGCCAAGAAGAUUGAACAGGAUCUGAAGUCGAAGCAUCAGCCAGAUCUACUUCCAUUUCUACAAACUGCUGUAUAUGAUGAGCUUAAUGUACAUGUACAGGUUGCUUUGUUUCUGUUUACAUGUUCUCGUUAUGGUGUCACAGAGAUAACCGAAGAAUUUUUAACUUUCUUGUCUCAUGCAACUGAGGAGAGACUAAGGAAUUUAGUAGAACAGGUAACUGUAAUCAGUCAACACAGAACUGAGCUACUGAAGGGUAACAGUCGCUAUGAGCCAGCUACUGAUGUGAGGGCUCAGCUAAAAGUCCUGGAGCGUAUUGAUGAAGUGAGUGCCACAAGGAAACAAGAAAGAGAGAAAGAAAAGAUUAUCCGUGCUGCAAAAAGUCGCUCAAAACAAGAUGAUCCAGAGCUAGCCAAGAUGAAGGAACAAGCCAAGCAAAUCCAAAUAGCAGAGGAGAGAGAGAUACACCAGAAAGCAGCUAAUGUACAAGCACUGGCUGCUAUUGGAAGGAGAAAGAGAACAGCCACUACUGCUUUUGGAGGAGAGAGCUCUUCAGCAAGCCCUAGUGCUGGAAAUGCGUCCAUAGCUUCUGUAUUCAACUCACCUUCGACUUCAAGAACUAACAGACCGAAACAGCGUAGGAUUUUAUCUAAAGAUAUCAUUAUGUCCAUGGAGCAAUGUCGUGAAACCAGACACUCACAGAUACUUUAUAAAUCACUCUUAUAAUUAAUGCCUGCAUUGUUUGUUUAAUUAAUAUUUAAUUUCAUUGGAUCUUGAUUGAUUGUG